ACGUGUCCGUUCUUAGUUCGUAGUUUACGCCUUAGCUAUAAGGACAGCUGAGGCCACACCCAUUGCAUCGUGCGUCGCAAAAUAACACGGAAGUAGAGUAACACGAUGAAGCAUGAGCUCCUUACAAUAGUUUCUGAGCUCUACUGGUUAAACAGGCUUCUUUUAUCAUGCUGUCUCUCCUUUUUGUGAAGUCUGCUUUAUGUGUUAAUCUCGCAGGCAUCCCACUAAUCUGAUGUCACCUUUUUUUUAUUCUUGAUCCUCGAGGGUUGGACAAAUAAUAAACCAAGAAUAACGCACACGCUGUUUUUGGUGUUCGGUGCCUGCUUUACGCACAUAAAUCGAAUGUAAUGAGUCGGGUAAUGUGGACCAGUUGUUAUUUUUGGACAUUGUAAAAAGCUUGCAAUGGAUCAGUACACAGUUCUUAAAGUCAUCGGUGAAGGAUCAUUCGGGCGUGCUCUCUUGGUUCAGCCCAACAGUGACAAAGUGAAAUGGGUUAUGAAAGAAAUACGACUGCCAAAGGCAGAGGGCGGAGUGAAGAGCGCGCGCACAGAGGCGGUGCUCCUGUCCAGAAUGAAGCAUCCAAACAUUGUGGCUUUCAGAGAGUCAUUUGAAGAUGACGGCCAUCUGUACAUUGUGAUGGAGUUCUGUAGCGGAGGUGAUCUCCUCCAAAGAAUACAGCAGCAAAACGGCUCUCUGUUCCCUGAAGAUGUGAUACUCAGAUGGUUUUCACAGAUGUGUCUGGGCACAAAGCACAUUCAUGAUAAACGAGUGCUUCACAGAGACUUAAAAUCAAAGAACAUAUUCCUGACAGACCACAGCACAAUCAAACUGGGAGAUUUUGGGUCAGCAUGUGCUCUUAACAGUGCAAAAGGUUACGCCCAGACCUAUGUUGGAACUCCAUACUAUGUGUCUCCAGAGAUCUGGGACAGCCAACCAUACAAUAACAAGAGUGAUAUCUGGUCUUUAGGCUGUGUGCUCUAUGAACUCUGCACUUUACGUCAUCCGUUUGAAGCCCGUAGCUGGAAGAGUUUGAUUUUAAAAGUGUGUCGUGGAUCAUAUAUGCCUUUGCCCAGCCACCUUCCCUAUGAGCUUCACUACUUGAUUAAACACAUGUUUAAGACUAACCCGAGAGACAGGCCUUCCAUACACACUAUCCUUAGCUCUCACCGUGUGUCCAGACUGCUCCACAGGCACCUUCCUGAAGAGGAACUAUCGAAGAAAGAAACCAAGGAACUGAAAGAGAAACGAGUAAAUCAGUGGAGAAAAGAAGAAGGAGAGAAAGUGGCCAUGUUUCUGGGUCAGAAGAGCUUAUUAAACACUACAACAUCUAAAGACACUAGUUUCAGAAAAUCAUCCGAGAAUCAGAGGGGUAACAUAGCUGCCCGAAAGAGGUGGGCAAAAGAACCCUCCAAUACAGUGCUGCAGGUCUUUAGGAAUGCUGACAUCAUUUCCUCUGGUGACACGGCAACCGCACAGGGGUCUGACUCCACAAAAGCAGAGGGAUUUACAGAAAUGAAGAAACAGGAGAGAAGGCAAUGGGACACGGAUCCACCUGAAAGACUUUUGAGCCUCCUGGAGAAAGCGCCUCUAAGCGCAGCCUUCAGCACAUACGUUAUCCACAAGCACAAUCAAGAUGCUCCAGAUGGACCCGAAGAAGUUCAUACUGACCAGGAUAGGCUGGAACCCCGUUCAGACGACGAAGACACUGAUUUCGAAGAGGAUUACCAUUUUGAUUGGCAAGCCGAGCUGGAGAAAAUAUUUGUUGAAAAUGUACACUAAAAAAUGUUUCAAAUUCAUCAAGGUGUAUGUGUCUAUUUGAAUAUACAAUAGAAUGUACUAUAAAUUAACAUUUAUAAAUAAAUGUGUAAUGAUA